CAGUAGCAGCUCCGCGCUCUCCAGCACAUUCUGGUUGUAAAGCAGAGCUAGCUGAAGCCCACAGGCUGUUGUCUACCUGCAGAGGUACCGGUCCGCUGCAUCACCGAGCCAGUACCCGCCUAGAGCCGGUCCAGACCUCGUUCAGGUCGUCAACUCGGUCCCGGUUCUGACCCGGAUCCUGCGCCGACCGCAGAGGCUGCAGUUUGCUCGCUGUUAGCAUCGGCAGCUAGCAUUAGCUUCGCUUCAGCAGCAGAGAAUCAAAACAAACAGAAGCUAGGAGAAGCUAACGGCGGCUAGCAGCCCGAGAGCAGCAACAUGGCGACUGAGGAGAAGAAACCAGAGACGGAAGGCAGCAAACAGCCUUCAUCCUCCUCUGGCUCCGGCAGCAAGUCGAAUCCAGCGAAGCCAAACUACACAGUGAAGUUCACGUUGGCUGGACACACGAAGGCAGUUUCUUCUGUCAAGUUCAGUCCUAAUGGAGAAUGGCUGGCCAGCUCCUCGGCUGAUAAGCUGAUAAAGAUCUGGGGAGCGUACGACGGAAAGUUUGAGAAAUCCAUCGUAGGACACAAACUGGGGAUCUCUGAUGUCUCCUGGUCUUCGGACUCCAACCUGCUGGUUUCGGCCUCUGAUGACAAAACGCUGAAGAUUUGGGACAACAGCUCUGGAAAGUGUCUGAAGACUCUGAAGGGGCACAGUAACUACGUCUUCUGCUGCAACUUCAACCCUCAGUCCAACCUGGUGGUGUCUGGAUCGUUUGACGAGAGUGUUCGUAUCUGGGACGUGAAGACGGGGAAAUGUCUGAAGACGCUGCCGGCUCACUCGGAUCCAGUCUCUGCUUUACUGUGGCACUGUGCUAACGUUGCUAAUAGGCUUCAGGUGAUCCUUUUAAUGAUUGUGUUUUCUCUGGUUUACAGCACAUUAAAGCUGUGGGACUACAGUAAAGGAAAGUGUCUGAAGACCUACACCGGCCAUAAGAAUGAGAAAUAUUGCAUCUUCGCCAACUUCUCUGUCACAGGAGGGAAGUGGAUCGUGUCAGGUUCUGAGGACAGCAUGGUUUACAUCUGGAACCUGCAGACCAAAGAGAUCGUCCAGAAACUACAAGGACACACAGACGUUGUGAUCUCGACCGCCUGCCAUCCGACAGAAAACUUAAUCGCUUCAGCUGCUCUGGAAAACGACAAAACCAUCAAACUGUGGAAGAGCGACUGUUAGAGUGAAGGAGGACUGCAGGUCCAGAACCAGAACCAGACUGGACUGGUUUGACUUGGUAACACAGAAAACACCCAGAGACACGAUGGGACCAGGCGUCAGUGUGACCCAGAGUCAGAAAACCAUCCAUCAGCUGAAAACACCAAACCAGAACCGCUGGACUUCUGCUGGAACCACCAACAGAACUUUGACUUAAAGGUCCAGUUCACUGUUGAAACACCGGCGUGACCCGCUUUUAUACAGAAACAGGCUUUAAGUGUUCAGAAGAACCUCCGUCUUUUCCUCGUGUUCGUCUUAAACUUCUGAGGCUCAAUCGGAUUAAAAGCCGUCGUGUGGUUCAGGAGAAAAUCAUUUCUGGUCCUGACCCACUUGAUUCAUAAAAUAGACAAAGUGGAGAUUUUUUUCAGUUGCACAUCUGACUGUUGAUAAUCAGUUUGAUUAAACUUAUUGAUGAGUUCACCGAUUGUAGUAAUAAUCACUGCUGACUGAGCUGACGUGAUCGAUCAGUUUAUUGAUGAAGCAUCAGUCUCCAAACUCCUCUGUCCUGGUCGGAGCGUUUUCUUUGCCUGAACUCAAAGUGUUUCAAUGUUUUAUAGACAAACAAUCGAGAAUUAAUUCUGAAGAAUCAAUAAUGAAACCUGAAAUCAUAGUUUGUGUUAAACACUGAUCGAGUUGCUUCGUCUCCUGGACGCCGUCUCUGACGUCUUCAGGGACUUUUCUCUCCUUUAAAGACAGUUUUUGUGACUGAGCAGCUCCAGAACCAGGAUCCGGUCCAUGUGGACAAUCAGCAGCACUGUUCCUUUUAAAAAAAAAAAAAAA